AUGUUAGAGUCUAUUAGACAAUUUGGUGUUGGUUUGAAAGCACCAAGUUACCAUGAAUUGCGGGUUCCCUUAUUGAAUAAAAAAGUUACUGAUGUGAAAAAUUCAUUGAAAUCCUAUGAAGAAGAAUGGGCAAAGUAUGGUUGUUCUAUAAUGGCAAAUAGUUGGACAGAUAAAAAGCAAAGGAUUUUGAUUAAUUUCGUAGUGAAUUCUCCAAAGGUAACAGUUUUCCUUGAGUCUGCGGAUGGUUCAAAGUAUUCAAAGACUGGUCAGAAGAGGUUUGAGCUGCUUGAUAGAAUUGCGGAGCGUGUUAGGGAGGCUAAUGUGGUUCAAGUGGUGACAAAUAAUGCUAGCAACUGUGUGGUGAACAUGUUACAACACUUCACUAGUGAAAGAGAACUAAUUAGGCCUGCUGUCACAAGAUUUGUAAUGGCUUUUCUCACCCUUCAAUGCAUACAUAAGCACAAGACCAAUUUGAGAAAGAUGUUUACUUUAGAGGAAUGGAUCACAAGUGAGUGGGCAAAAGAGCAAGCUGUUGAUAGUGAGAAAAGGCCUGCAUUGGGAUAUAUUUAUGAGGCUAUGGAUAGGGCUAAAGAAGUAAUUGCAAAGUCAUUUGGUGAAAAGGAAGAAAAAUACAAUACGCUAUUGGAGUUGCAGAGGAUGCCUACAACACUAGAUCUGGGGAAAAAAAAUAUAUAUAUAGCAUCUACAAUUGCUUCAAGAUCUAUGUCAAAGCAUAAAGGAAAGCCACCAUCUAGAGCUGAUACUCCUUUACUUAAAGGAGAGAGAUCUUGUAAAGAAGAUGAAGAUAUUGAUUUUGAAGAAGAUGAGUAUGAAGAGGACGAAGCUGAAGGGGAAGAUGAAUAA